AUGGGAGCACUACACGAAGGACAUCUCUCCUUGAUCCGUCACGCAGCCAAGGAGAAUGACAAGGUCUUCGUCACCAUCUAUGUCAAUCCUACACAAUUCGGGGUGCACGAAGACCUGGACAGCUACCCAAAGACAUUGGAGAAGGACAUGGGAAUGUUGCAGAAGCUAGACGGAGAGCUCAAGGAUGCUGGAACAAGUGGUGGCCCCAUCGAAGCGGUCUUUGCUCCGACCACCAAGACAAUGUAUCCGACACUUCCGCCUGACUCUAGCUUGCCCGGCACAGGUUCGUUUGUCACGAUCACACCACUCGCCGGUCUGCUCGAAGGCAAAAGUCGACCAGUCUUCUUCCGUGGUGUCGCCACAGUGUGCAUGAAGCUGUUCAAUAUCGUGCAACCAGAGCGUGUCUACUUCGGACAGAAGGACGUCCAACAGACUGUCAUUAUCAAGCGGAUGAUCAGGGACUUCCACCUCAACACAGAUGUGCGAAUCGUUCCAACAGAACGUGAAAAGGAUGGCUUGGCGAUGAGCAGUCGCAAUGUGUACCUGGGCGAGCGAAGACGGAGGGUGGGCAUUGUCUUGCGCCAAGCUCUUCGAGCAGCAGAAGCUGCAUACAAGAUGGGCAAGAGAAGUCGAGAUGAUAUACUGGCACUUGCUUGGGAUGUAGCUAAUCGCAUGAGUAUGGAGCAGGAUGAGAUGUCGGCGGAGGCGGGAGCUAGAUUCGAGGUGGAUUACAUCUCACUUGCGGACCCGGAUACGCUGGAAGAGGUAGCAGUGAUUGAUUCUGAGCACGGAGCAGUCCUCAGUGGAGCUAUCAAGAUGCUGCCGUUAGAUGCCGUGCGUGAUGGUGAGGUCCAUGGUGUGGGAGGCGACAAGGUGCCUCGCGACGCUGAAGCGCAGCCCGAGAGUACCACAACAUCAUGCUUCAGCUACGACAGCAGACUUCAUGCCACGCCAAACCUGUUUAGUAAAGCAGUGGGUUUGACGUACACCUACCCAUACAUCGCCGGUCCUUCACAUGGUCUUGGACUCUUGGUUUCCGCGAUUGAUCAAAACCAACGCCCACACAACGGCGCAAUCGACCUGCUUUCUCCCUUUUCACACCAUUCGACCGUCCGUACGCGACACAACGAACUUAUCAUGGAUCAAAUGUCAGGCUUCCGCGUGGCUGCGCAUCUGGAGAAGAAGAAACUCUUACUAGCUAUCAAUGCCGUCGCUGCUCUCUCGAUCUUUUUCUUUGGAUACGAUCAAGGCAUGAUGGGUGGAGUGAACAACGCUCCGGACUACAUCGACAGGAUGGGAUUUGGGUACGUCAAUGAUGCCGGCGACCCUAUCAUUACGAAUUCGCUGCUCCAAGGUGGCAUUGUCAGUGUCUACUAUCUUGGUACGCUAUUCGGCUGUCUUCUGGGUGGUUGGAUCGGCGACAAGAUCGGACGAGUCCGCAGUAUUGCUGUCGGUGCUGGCUAG